AUUUCAUCAUUUUUCAUUGUAAUGUAAAUGUUUUUCUUUUUUUCUCAUCUUCUGCAACUAUUAAAGAUACCCUUUUAUUUGAAUCUUAUAGACAAAGAGGAUGGCAAUAAAAACACUGCACAAUUGAAGAUAACAAGCAACACUGAAUAGCAAAGCAAGUCAGUCCAGAAUCAAAAUAUUUUCCAUUUCCUUCAGAGCACCACACAAUUCUUUACCUUCCUCAGCAGGUGAGAGAGAAACGAGAGAAAAUGAAGAAGAGAUUUCUACCUGGGAAAAGUAGUGUGUGAAAUUCAAGCAUACGUUACAUGAGAAGUCAAUAGAGAUUAUUUUUCCAUUCAGCAAAAGAGGGAAGUGAAAACAUCAUUGGGGAGAAAAAGGUCAACUGGAAAGCCACGUAGAGCAUACAGUGUUGCAGACCUCAUUCUGGAAGGAAGAAAAUGACCGGUAAAUCAAAACACAUCUAAACAAGGAAUAGUCCAUAUUUUUGAUCUCCUCAAGAAUAUUAGUUGUGGAAAAGCUCCAUAGAUGUGCCAGUUGUGGGAAAGAUACAACUUGUAAAUCACAGUUGAUUAUGCAUGAGAGGAUCCAGACUGAAGAAAAGCCAUACAUAUACACUGAAUGUGGCAAAACCUUUGAUCAGAACAACUCUGUUGUGCUUCUUGGAAGGAUCCAUACAGGAGAGAAGCCCUACAAGUACUUCCAAUGCAGUAAAUGCUUUAGCGAGCAUGGCAACAUGGACUCACACCAAGGAGAAACCGUUUAAAUGUCCUGAUUGUGGGAAAUGUUACUAUGAUAAUUCCAGGCUGGUGACACACCAGAGGACUCACACAGGAGAGAAACCAUACGAGUGUCCUGAUUGUGGGAAAAGUUUCAGUUGGAAUUCCAGCCUGGUGAGACACCAGAGGACUCACACAGGAGAAAAACCCUUUGAAUGUCCUGAUUGUGGGAAAGGUUUCAGUCGGAAUUCCAACCUGGUAAUACACCAGAGGACUCACACAGGAGAGAAGCCCUUUGAAUGUCCUGAUUGUGGGAAAAGUUUCAGUCAGAGUUCCAGUCUGGUGACACACCAGAGAACUCACACAGGAGAGAAACCAUACGAGUGUCCAGACUGUGGGAAAGACUUCAGUAUUAAAACUAGCCUUCUAAAUCAUAUGCUAAUACACACAGGGGAGAAACCAUUUGAAUGUCCCGAAUGUGGAUGGUGCUUCAGGAAACAUUCCAGUCUUAUUGCACACAAGAAAAUCCACAUGACGCUCCAAGUGAUGAAUGUAGAGAAGGUUUGA